UGUUGGAUUUAAUUUAUCUCUCAUUGCGACGAGUAAUGCGAUUUUUGGUAACUACUACUUUUCGAACAGAGAGAGCGUUGUUCCAGCCACGAUCUUGGCUUGUCUGAGAUCUGAUGAUGUCGGUUUCCUUCCAUAGUUCACGUUGUCCACUAAUCUGGAGUUGAUGGGCACGUUUUUCUUGCGGUUUCUGGUUUUUUUUUCUCGCUGAUCUCAAACUCUGGAAUCAGAAACCGCCCUGGUCAGAUCUAGGACAACGCUUUCUCCUUCAUCCCAAACCACACAAAUCUUAUUUUUCUUAUCCUCUCAGAAAAUGUGUGACAAUCUUCGACGCCAAAUGCAGAAUAUCAGUUUGGGUAUUGCGGAUGAGCCAAUUUCUCUCCCUCCGGAGAUCUGCAACCAUGCUACAGCCGUUAACCAAUUUUUUUUGGUGGUGGUCCCCCUUAAUCCGGCGAAACAGAACCUCCGUGCCAUGAUCUCUCAACUUCCUCGCCUCUGGGGAAUGGAAUCUGCUGCUACUGGUCGCAUCAUCGGUCAAAACCGCCUCCAAUUCCUCUUUCAAUCUGAGGAGACCAUGAAUCUGGUUCUUCGCCGAUCUCCUUGGUCUUUUGCAGAGUGGAUGAUCACUAUUACCAGAUGGGCCCCUAAUCUUCCAGAUGGCGACUGUAAGAUAAUUCUUUUCCGGAUUCAAAUUUGGGGAAUACCCUUACAGUUUCUUUCGCGACCAACAAUCACCUUUAUUGGUGAUAUCUACGGUCCAGUCAUUAGUGUGGAUUUUGACGAAACUUCCACAAGAGUUGAUUUUGUGCUUCGGGUUUUAUGGGACACAGACAACCCUCUUCAUUUCCAACACAACUUCCAAUUUGAAGCUGGGGUGAAUACUAUCCUACGAUUCAAAUAUGAGAGACUUCAGAAGUUCUGUAAGCGGUGUGGCAUGAUUUCCCAUGAAAGGAAAGAUUGUCCUAUUCCAGCGAAUGAUGAGGAUGACUUCUCUGGUUCAGACGGUGAUGAUGACAGCAGCAGUAAUGACCCACACCAAAGAGGUGCGGUGGCGUCUAAGGAUCCUGCCCCAAUCAAUCACUCUGCUGAUGAUGGUAAUCCAUUAAACCCUGUUGUAACACCAUCCGAUUCUGCAAUGUCUCAGAACCUGCAGAAAGAAUUACAACUUCAGGAACUAAGGAGGGCUCGAGGAAAGUUUAGAGAAGAUGAUUCUUUGGAUGUCUUUGAAGACUCUGCUCGGGACGAAUCUGGUUUUAACAAGCGGAAGAGACAGAAAAUUGAGAGAUGCUGAAAUCUCUAACCAUGAAUGAUUGAGUGGACUUGUG